AUGUCGAUGGUUGUUGUGCCUGCCUCUGCUCUGCUCUGCUCUGCUCUGCUCUGCUCUGUGGUCCUAUCGAUUCCAUGCUUUGGCGUUUCACAGGGUGAUGCCUGCACAGACGCCUCCGUCCGAAAAGAGAGUGCACAUGAUGCGACAUGUGACAUUGACAGCCUUCUAGCCACCCACCACCGCCACGGCAUCUUGAAUCCUUCGAAAACCGGUUUCCUGGUUGCAAACCACGUCGAGUUUCACAUGAUUCGAAAGUCGUGGGUCGGCGGCUCGCAUGCGCGCACUCAACACUCUCAACUCGCGACGUCCAAAUACCUACCUACAGCAGUAUACAGCUGGUGCUCUCCGAGAUGUGACGACUGCCUUGAUGAUGCCGUGCCAGCGAAAUUUCUGAUUGCUUUCCGGAGAAACAUCGUGGCUUUCGCACAGCGAACCCUCUCCAAACCUUCGGCCCUCAGCCAUCUCACAAUCCUGGGCUACUACUGGGGCUGA